CUACUCUGAUGAUACUCGAUUCAAUUAUCCUGACGCGUUUCACGUUGCUAAGAUUUGAGGGAAAUCCUUCGAUCAAUCAUACUUGAAAGCAACUAUCCUUCUGCUCGUGAAACGGUGACCUCCGCAAUGGCCCCUGCAACUCCGGCCGCCGAUGAUUCCCACCAACAGCUCCUCGACUCGCUGGAUCUCAUCCCGGUUCCCAAGCCGUUCCGGAACCCCAACUGGAAUCCGCCUGUUCGCAGAAAUAAAAAUGUGAAGCAGAUCGUCGCAGAUGCGAGUCGCAAAGAAGCAUCGGUCAUGGCAACUCAAAAUAACAGCGGAGUAUCCACACCACAGCCCGGCGCUGGUGGAGGUCCCGACAACGUCAGCGUGGCGCGUGCAACGCAGAAUCUCUCUGGCCUUGCAGUCUCCGAUGGUCCUGUCGCAACAUAUACGAACAUUGAGUCUGCACCCUCACUGCACCCGGCCUCUCAAAAGCGGUACUGCGACCUUACGGGACUGCUGGCACCAUACACGGAUCCCAAGACGCGGCUACGAUAUCACAAUAAGGAGAUUUUUGGCGUCGUACGGACUCUUGGACAGGGCGCGGCGGAACAAUACCUGGAAGCACGGGGCGCGCAUGUUGUGCUGAAAUGAGGAGGGGUUUUCCUCAAUGCAGGAUGAUAUACGGCAUGGGAAAUAGCGUUUAAGGAGUUAUUGGGUCAUUGGGAUGCUACGCAGCGCUCCAUUGAUUUGUUUUCUUUUUCUGUCGAGCAGGGCGAAUGAGUAUGGGCUCAAGUCAGCAAAAGCGGGGUUGAACAUUUCAUUGCGUUUCUUUGAGACUUUCUUCACUUGUCUCCAUCCCUUGGCGAUGGCAGCAGAUAUCAGUGCAACGCCUCAGCGGAUAUGUUACUUGCAAUUUCAACGAAUGACUUUUUUCAACACCAAAUCCUCUGAUAUCUCUUCUGCGGUUAAAAAUAAAGGAGUAGAAUCGAUUACGAUAGAAUGUAUAGCCCUCC